GGAAGUGGCGUCAUCGCAGCAGCGUCAGGGCGCGCGCGCACUUAUGGCGGAGCUCUGGAGCUGACGAUUGUAGAUCCACCUUGAGUCUGCAAGGGCUGUUGUGGAUAGUAGGAUGAACUGUUUUGCCUGGAAGAAUAACAAAUAUCCUUCAACUUGAUUUCUGUACAUUGUUCAUUAUCAAUUCAAAGCUUGUAGUGGAUCAAGGAAGAAAAUGAAGAGUGGGGUGACACAGGUGAAUUCCAGUUCCAGCUAUGAAAGGAGAGAAACUAACAAUCUUCGACAGAGAAGUUUGUCUCCAGAAGACAGGUAUGCAGAACAUGGGAGAUCUCGGUCACCAUCAGGCAAAGGUUAUUCGGAUCAUAGCAGACCUGACCGAGAACAUUCAGAAAAGGGACGUUAUGGUGACAAAUACACGGAGUCAAGGGGGAGAGAAAGGCAAGAAAGAGAAAGGGAAUCAGAUCGGAGAAAAUACCGAAGGUCUCCUUCACCUGACAGAAAACAUGCAGCAGAUAGAUCAGCACCGCAUGAUGAACCCCUUCCAAAAAAGAAGAAAGAAGAGGUGGAUCCCAUUCUUACCCGCACAGGGGGUGCAUACAUACCUCCAGCAAAGCUUCGAAUGAUGCAGGCACAAAUCACUGAUAAAAAUAGUUUAGCGUAUCAAAGGAUGAGCUGGGAAGCAUUGAAGAAAUCUAUCAAUGGUCUCAUCAAUAAAGUGAAUGUUUCAAAUAUUGAGAAUAUUAUUCAUGAACUCCUUCAAGAAAAUAUUGUGAGAGGAAGGGGAUUACUGUCAAGAUCAAUUCUGCAAGCUCAGAGUGCUUCUCCAAUCUUCACUCAUGUUUAUGCAGCAGUUGUAGCAAUCAUCAAUUCCAAGUUUCCAAAUAUUGGAGAACUGAUACUCAAGAGGCUCAUUUUGAAUUUUCGCAAAGGAUACAGAAGGAAUGAUAAGCAACUUUGCCUGACAGCUUCGAAGUUUGUUGCACAUCUAAUGAAUCAGAAUGUGAGUCAUGAAGUUUUAUGUUUGGAGAUGUUGACAUUGCUUCUGGAAAGACCCACAGAUGACAGCGUUGAAGUGGCUAUUGGGUUCCUUAAAGAAUGUGGCCUCAAGUUGACUGAAGUGUCUCCAAGAGGUGUUAAUGCCAUCUUUGACCGCCUUCGUCAUGUUCUGCAUGAAUCCGAAACUGACAAGCGAGUUCAGUACAUGAUAGAAGUCAUGUUUGCUGUGCGCAAAGAUGGGUUCAAAGAUCACCCAGUAAUUCCAGAAGGAUUGGAUCUUGUUGAGGAGGAGGAUCAGUUCACCCAUAUGCUGCCUUUAGAAGAUGACUACAAUCCAGAUGAUGUUCUUAAUGUGUUCAAGAUGGAUCCUGAUUUUGUGGAGAAUGAGGAGAAGUACAAGGCUCUUAAAAAAGAAAUUCUUGAUGAAGGUGACACGGACGCAGAAUCCGGUGAAGAUGCUGGUAGCAGUGAAGAGGAGGAAGAUGAGGAGGAGGAUGGGGAGGAUAAAGAGGAGGAUGAAGAUGGACAAAAAGUAACCAUCCAUGAUAAAACAGAAAUUAACUUGGUCUCCUUCCGGCGAACGAUUUACCUCGCAAUUCAAUCAAGUUUAGACUUUGAAGAAUGUGCUCACAAAUUGCUGAAGAUGGAUUUUCCUGAAAGCCAAACGAAAGAACUGUGCAACAUGAUACUUGACUGUUGUGCUCAACAGCGAACAUAUGAGAAAUUCUUUGGUUUACUAGCUGGGCGUUUCUGUAUGUUGAAAAAAGAAUACAUGGAAGCGUUCGAAGGCAUUUUCAAAGAACAGUAUGAUACUAUCCACCGGCUGGAAACAAACAAGUUGAGGAAUGUGGCCAAGAUGUUUGCACACCUUUUGUAUACAGAUUCCCUUCCAUGGAGUGUCCUUGAAUGCAUAACACUGAGUGAAGAAACAACGACAUCAUCCAGUAGGAUAUUUGUGAAGAUCUUUUUCCAAGAGCUUAGUGAAUAUAUGGGCCUUCCUAAUCUUAAUGCAAGAUUGAAGGAUGAAACUCUGCAGCCAUUCUUUGAAGGAUUGUUACCUCGGGAUAAUCCAAGAAAUACUAGAUUUGCCAUCAAUUUCUUCACUUCAAUUGGACUUGGUGGAUUGACGGAUGAGCUACGUGAGCAUCUGAAAAAUGCACCCAAAAUCAUCAUGACACAGAAGCAAGACGUGGAGUCAUCUGAUUCAUCUUCAUCCUCAGAAUCCGAUUCAGAUGAAGAUGCUGGCAGUAGUAGCAGCAGCAGUGAUACCUCAGGGUCCUCCAGCGAGAGCAAAUCAUCUUCUGACAGCAAUCACAGCAGUGACUCUGAUGUGAGAAGGAAGAAAUCACAAAAGAGGAAAACAUCAGACAAAGAUGCUAAGAGAAAAGAAGAAAGUAGAAAGAAACAUCUUGAAAAGAAAAAGGAAGGACGAGAGUUGGAGAGGGAAAACGGUACUGAGAGAAACCCAGGAAGGAAUGCUGACAGAUAUCCAAGAGACUCAAAUAGGAGAGAAGAAGCAUCACAGAAACUCUCCUAUGACAGAGAUUAUUCUGGUGACAGGAACAGUUACUGGAGUGGAAAGGACAGGGAUCAAGAAAGAAAUAUGCCUUUUGAAAGCAAAACUAGCCAGUCUAAAAAGAAACAGGCAGAAAGAAGAAAUUCUUUUUCUGAUGAUGAAGGGAGGGAUAGGCACCGCAAUAAGGACAGGGAAGGGGAGCUCCCGAGACGGAGAAAGAACAGAUCCAGUUCGCGAGAGAGACCCCGUAGCUAUCCCAGCCCCAGAGAGGAGGAGGAGGAACGUGCCCGAUACCAGGACCAAUUUAAAGAGUCAAGGAGAGAGGAAGGCAGGAGAAGACAUAGGGGGGACUCCCCACGUAGGCGCAAAUGACUCUUGUAGAGAGCUUUUGAAACAUUACUUUUUGGUUGGAUUUUUACAACAUGCUGGACAUUUUUUGAAAAGGACCUUUUGUACAAAUUUCUUGUAACUCUUUGAACCUUUUGAUGUCUUCAGAACUCCAUCUUUGUACGAUCGUUGUUAAUGGUGGAAGCUGUUGGCUAAGCUACUCUUUCGAGGUGUUUGAAUGCAAAAGAAAUCAAAUUCAGCUUAUUUUGUCAAUAAAAUCUAGCUAAAAUGUA